CGAACGCAAGAGUCUGAGGUCAGAUUGCAAUCGUUUGUUGGCGAUAUGGCGGAGUAAUGAGUACACACGUCAGACAUGGGUAAUGGUAAUAGCAUAGCAUCAGCUGUUGACGACAACAACGCUGCUGAGGUUGAAAGACUCUUGCAGUCGGGAGCCUUACCUAGUGCGUGUGGUGUUAAGAGAGAUCCUGUACUGGUGAAGGCUUGUCGUAAUGGUUUCAAGGAUGUAGUUGACGUUUUACUGAAGAAUGGAGCAAACGUGAACGAAGCUAAUCGUUACGGUGAAACGGCGCUAAUGACCUCAGCGACUACUGGUUCUUAUGAAAUAAUCAUUAUGUUAUUACAAGCUGGUGCUGUUAUUAACCAGACGAAUAUGGCUGGAUCGACAGCACUGCAUUAUGCAGCUUACAAGAAUCACUCCAAUAUUGUCAGUCUCUUAUUAGGAAAUGGAUGUGAUGUCAAUGCAGUCGGUGAGGGGGGAACAGCACUAGAAGUAGCUGAGGCAUGCAACCACAGACGUGUUAUUGAUAUAAUCACGUCGUUUGUUGCCCCUUUGACGAGAGCAACAACACCUCUACAACAGUCUACAGAUGAAGAGCUAGUAAAACAACUAUUUCAACAGGUAGAGCUAAUGAGAGCAGAAGGUGUAAGUAAAGAUAGAGAAAUCACUCGUCAAAGACAACAAAUCACUAAUCUAGAGAAAGCAUUGAGAGACGAACGACUGCAAAGAGAACAAGAACAAACAGGCAAAGAAGAGAGAAGAGAGAACGAAAAGAAGGAACAUCUACAGCAAUUGCUAACUGAAGAACAAAGGAAAACGGCAAACAUUGAGGAGUUGCUGUCUGAUGCCGAAGCAGCACUCGAACGAAACAACCAAAGGAAAGAAAGCGAAGUCCUUAAUAUCCCUUCACACGACAUUCGACUGACUGACACAGAACUAGGACGUGGAUCAUAUGGAGUUGUUUGUGCUGGAUAUUGGCGUGGCUGUCCUGUUGCAGUCAAACGUCUGUAUGACCAUUUGGCUGCUGCUCCACGAAACGUUCACCUCUUGCAGCAAGAGGUGUGUGUAGCGUGGCGGUUGCAUCAUCCAAACAUUGCUGCUGUUUGUGGUGUCACUCUGGAGUUAGAAGAGAAGAAGGCGUGGAUUGUAAUGGAAUUACAGAGCGGCUCCAUGUCUGGUGUCAUCGAUGCAUGUCAUGGCGACGUUGCGCCUCUCACUUUACGAGAAAAAGUCGACAUGACACACGAUACUUUGUGUGGACUCGACUACAUUCACUCUAUGCAACCUAGGGAGAUUCUCCACGGGGACAUCUGUCCAAGGAACAUCCUCGUAACAGCAGCGAUGAGAGCCAAACUUGGUGAUCUAGGAGCCGCUCGAUUCCGGGAUGCUUCACUGUCAGUCGGUCUGGUCAGUCCACAAUACACAGCACCAGAGAGACUCGACGUUCCAGCUCAACCGAAAAGCACAAAGACCGACAUGUACAGCAUGGCAGUGACCAUAUGCGAGCUCUUCACCUUCGUUCCUCCUGAUCUACACACAUCAGACAUGGGUAAUAGCAUAGUCUCGGCUGUUGACGAUAACAGAGUUGAUGAGGUUGAAAGACUCUUGCAGUCGGGAUCCGUUCCUAAUGCAUGCGAUGAUCAGGGAGAACCUCUACUGGUGAAGGCUUGUCGUAAUGGUUUCAAGGAUGUCGUUGAUGUUCUGUUAAGGAGGGGAGCGGUAGUCAACAAAAGAAAUCGUAAAGGUGAAACAGCGCUAAUGACUGCAACGACUUCUGGUUCUUAUGAAAUAAUCGUUAUGUUAUUACAAGCUGGUGCUGAUAUUAACCAGACGACUGUGGCUGGAAGGACAGCACUUCAUUAUGCAGCUUCCAAGAAUCACUCCAAUAUUGUCAGUCUCUUAUUAGCAAAUGGAUGUGAUGUCAAUGCAGUUGGUGAGAGAGGAACAGCACUAGAAGUAGCUAAGAGAUGCAACCACAGACGUGUUGUUGAUAUAAUCACGUCGUUUGUUGCCCCUUUGACGAGAACAAGAACACCUCUACAACAACAUCCUACAGAUGAAGAGCUAGUACAACAACUAUUUCAACAGAUAGAGCUACUGAGAGUAGAAGAUGUAACUAAAGAUAGAGAAAUCACUCGUCAGAGACAACAAAUCACUGAUCUAGAGAAAGCAUUGAGAGACGAACGACUGCAAAGAGAACGAGAACAAUCAGGCAAAGAAGAGAGAAGAGAGAACGAAAAGAAGGAACAUCUACAGCAAUUGCUAACUGAAGAACAAAGGAGAACGGCAAACAUUGAGGAGUUGCUGUCUGAUGCCGAAGCAGCACUCGAACGAAACAACCAAAAGAAAGAAAGCGAAGUUCUUAAUAUCCCUUCACACGACAUUCGACUGACUGACACAGAACUAGGACGAGGAUCAUAUGGAGUUGUUUGUGCUGGAUAUUGGCGUGGCUGUCCUGUUGCUGUCAAACGUCUGUACGACCAUUUGGCUGCGGCUCCACGAAACGUUCACCUCUUGCAGCAAGAGGUGUGUGUAGCGUGGCGGUUGCAUCAUCCAAACAUUGCUGCUGUUUGUGGUGUCACUCUGGAGUUAGAAGAGAAGAAGGCGUGGAUUAUCAUGGAAUUACAGAGCGGCUCCAUGUCUGGUGUCAUCGAUGCAUGUCAUGGCGACGUUGCGCCUCUCACUCUACGAGAAACAGUUGACAUGACACACGAUACUUUGUGUGGACUCGACUACAUUCACUCUAUGCAACCUAGAGAGAUUCUCCACGGUGACAUCUGUCCAAGGAACAUCCUCGUAACAGCAAUGAUGAGAGCCAAACUUGGUGAUCUAGGAGCCGCUCGAUUCCGCGAUGCUUCACUGUCAGUCGGUCUGGUCAGUCCACAAUACACAGCACCAGAGAGACUCGACGUUCCAGCUCAACCAAAAAGCACAAAGACCGACAUGUACAGCAUGGCAGUGACCAUAUGCGAGCUCUUCACCUUCGUUCCUCCUGAUCGUGAGCAAAGAAAAGAUCAAGUCUUACUCAUCCGUCAGAGAGACGUCCGUUCGUUGUGUAAGCACUUGAUGAGUGAUGAUCCUGUCACACGACCGACAGCAGCAGAAGCUCGCGAUGUUGUCAGUCAAAUUUGUGAGACGGACGAGUAUACAGCGUGUUCUCCUAGACGAAUGGUAAUCGGUAAGAUGGACGGAAUCAUUGAAGUUGCUCUCGUUCAGCCACAUAUGGUGAAGCCCACGUGUCUUUGAAUUUUGUAUUUUUUACUUGACAAUGUGUAUACAUGCUGGACAGUGUAUUAGUCUUGAUUGUUGGAUUUGUAUUUUGCUGGUCAGGCAACUAGCGUUUUUAAUAAAACA